UCGAAAAAGAUAUGAUUGAAUCAGUAAUUCAAUAUUUCAAAGAUCUGUAUGCGCUUGAAGUUAAAUACUUCCGUGAACAAUAUACACCUAUUUUUAAGAAACGUGCCUCCAUUGUGAAAGGGGAAUACGAACCUUCUGAAGAGGAAUCCAUGUGGUCUUCGGAGGACGAAGACCAAAUUGCAGCACCUAAGAUCGACUUAAGAGAAAACGGGAAUAUAAGAGGAAUUCCUAAUUUUUGGUUGUCAGUCUUCAAAAACGUCUCAAUGUUGAAAAAUCUUAUAAAACCAUAUGAUGAGCCUAUUUUAGAGUAUUUAAAAGAUGUUAAAGUCAUUGUGAUGGAGAAAUCCAUGGGUUUCGUGCUUGAAUUUCUUUUCGAACGGAACCAAUAUUUUACAAAUGAAAUAUUUACCAAAGAGUAUCACAUAAAGUUGGAUUCAAACAUAGAAAAUUUGGCAGACUUUAACGGACCACAGAUCCAGAAAUGCAUUGGCUGCGAAAUUAAUUGGUUUCAAGGAAAAGAUGUAACUACAAAGACCGUACGUAAAAGGCAGAUACACAAAACUUUAGGAGUGACCAGGAAGAUCACUAAGAUUGUCCAUAAGUCUUCAUUCUUUAAUUUUUUUUCACCACCACUUGAACCCACUGAUCCCAAUAUGCAUGAAGCUUGUACUAAGAGUAUUCGGAAGUUUCUGACUUAUGACUUUGCUAUUCCACAAAUAAUUAAAGAGAGAGUUGUCCCCAAAGCUAUAGUUUACUUUCUGGGUAUUGGCGAAGACGAUGAUUUAUAUUUUAAUAGUGUUGGGAUAGCAAAAAUGUAUGAAUAAUAUCAUAAACAUUACAUGCAUCUAUGUGAAAUAUAUUUAUUUAUAAAGUAAU